UGCAUUAUCUGUGUGGGCCUGUGUGAAGAGCAUUGGGCAGGAUAAUGCGGGCCCAUUCUUUCCUGGCUCCUCGGUGCACCCAGUAGCACCCACAGCUUCUUUUGGUCUCCAGUUUCAACAUGUGCAGCAGGGUGCUAAUAGUGGCCCUGCCUGUGCUCUCCCUGCUGAUUAGUUCAAUGCAAGGGAAGCCACUGGAGAGUCCAGGCCAGGUAUUGGCAGGGAGAGAUGCGCACCACUUGCUAGGGAAACCUGGAGGAGAUACAGAAGAAGGUACUUUUGACCUCAGGAUGUUCCUGGAGAACAUAAAAGUGGAUUUUCUUCGCAGUCUCAACCUGAGUGGAGUCCCUGCCCAGGAUAAAACCCAAGCGGAGCUGCCACAGUAUAUGAUUGACCUCUACAAUAGAUAUACCACCGACAAGUCAUCCACCCCUGCCUCCAACAUCGUGCGCAGCUUCAGUCUGGAAGAUGCCAUCUCUGUAUCCACCACUGAAGGCUUCCCCUUCCAGAAACACAUCUUGAUUUUCAACAUCUCCAUUCCCAGGCACGAGCAGAUCACCAGGGCAGAGCUUCGACUCUACAUCUCCUGUCAAAACCACGUAGACUCUUCUCCUGAGCUGAAGGGAAACAUGGCUAUUUAUGAUGUUUUGGAUAGAGCAGAUGCUUGGGAUGCUUCUGAAGUAACUAAGUCCUUCCUGGUGUCCCAGAGCAUUCAUCAUGAAGGCUGGGAGACCUUUGAAGUCUCCAGUGCUGUAAGACGGUGGGUCAGGGCAGAUUCCACCAAGAGCAGAAAUACACUGGAAGUGACCUUGGAGAAGUACAAGAAAGGCUGUGACAAGCUGGAUAUCAGCGUCCCCCCAGGAACCAAAAACCUGCCCUUUUUUGUCAUCUUCUCCAAUGAUCGCAGCAAUGGGACAAAAGAGACCAGAUUAGAGCUCAGGGAGAUGAUUGGCCAUGAGCAGGAGAGUGUGCUCAAGGGCCCAUCCAAGAACAAUCUGGUGAAAGCAGAAGGUCAUACAGUCUCAGGGUUAUCCCUAGUCAGAAGGAAGAGGAGUGUAGGGGCCAGCAACCACUGUCAAAAAACCUCCCUGCGGGUGAAUUUCGAGGACAUAGGCUGGGAUAGCUGGAUCAUUGCACCCAAGGAAUAUGAUGCCUAUGAGUGUAAAGGUGGAUGCUUCUUCCCCCUGGCUGAUGAUGUGACGCCAACAAAGCAUGCCAUUGUGCAGACCCUAGUGCAUCUCAAGUUCCCAAUGAAGGUGGGCAAAGCCUGUUGUGUUCCCACCAAACUGAGCCCCAUCUCCAUUCUCUACAAGGAUGACAUGGGUGUUCCUACCCUCAAGUAUCACUAUGAAGGGAUGAGUGUGGCAGAAUGUGGGUGCAGGUAAUUUCAGAUCAUGGGGCAGGGGAGGCUUUGUUGGGGUGUCUUGGGAAGAAUUCUGUGUUCCUCUUGGGCAUGACAAUGUCAAUGUUUAUCUGUUUGAAAGACUGGGAAAUGGAAGGGACUCACCAUGUCUUUAUGGUAAAGGUUUGUUCUUCCCACAGUUCAUCCCAAGCACACAAAGGAAGAA